UGGAAGAGACUCUUGGGGCUGUUUGCAUGGAGAGUUUGGCUGUCGUGCCGUCUGGCUUAUCUGAUCAAGGAAAGCAGGGACGUGUGUUUCCAGGUUACCCCAUGGAGCCACCUUGAGAUCUCUGAGUCUUGAGCCAUUACAGAGCAGCCCCUUGGGAUUUCUCACACUAGCUCAAGAAACAACAGGGAGUCCCAGGGCUUUUGGUUGGUUAUACUCUUCAGUCACUUUAAAGCUCUCAUCUCUCGGAAGUGGCUUUUAUAGAAUACGUUCUUUUUUACAACAAGGAGCACGCUUCUCCUCCCCACUAGGUAUGUAAGCAGGCAUUAGACACUUGACCCUGGGUGUGGAAGUCGUGCAAAAAUAUGAUUUUCUCAAAGGCACGUUGACUGUGCAUGGUAUAAUUGCAUUUACUUUAAGUCAGGCAGGAAAACCUUCUAGAAUUGCGUGCUUCGCAGGAGGAGCCUCAGACCACUGGGGACUGUCACCUUCCCUCCCAAAUCUCACUGUUUGAAACUUCCUUUUUUUUCUCUCCUCAAUGGUGCAUGUAUUUAUGCAUUGCUAUUAUGCCAUAUGACAUGGAGAAGCAGAGAAGAAAUGUGUUCAUCUUUUGUUUGUCUCCCUUGGAAGGCAGGCCAGGCGUGUUUCUAUGGGAUUCCCUGAAAGAAAGCCAACUUCUCCCUCGAGGCUGGGAGUGGGAGGGGAGGCUCAGCCACGGUGGGGUUGGGGAGGCAUUAGGUCAUGCUGGGGCCAGACACCUCCACAGGCCAAAGACUCUUAAAAGGACCGAUUGCGAUAUCUGAUUCAGAACAAGGAAGCCAUGCCGGAGAUGUAGGCAGACUGGAGCCACAGAGAGCAGCAGAAACUACUGGGCCAAAUCAGAGCGGCUGCUCUGUAUGUUUGGCUGGGAUCCAGUGGCUCUGUCGUCUCCCACUGGGAGAGCAGUAGCUAUAACAAAGGGUGGAAAAACUCUGUCCUUAAGGUCCUUGUGUGCAGCCUCUUGGUCUCCAUCUACAGCUAGGAGCCCUGGGGAACUGUCUUCAUGGGGUGGGAUCAGUACCUACCUACCUCUGCAAGAGGUUCCUGGGAGCUGUUGGACACUGGCCCUGAAAACCUAAGCUUGGAGCUGGGACACCCCACUGCAGGUUUCAGGGGGCAGCUGAGAGGAGACCACAGGAUACAGCAGGAUUCUCAUAAUGAAUAAUGGAAUUAACAGACCCGCGGUUCAAUCUGGCAGACUCCCAGUGCACCCCACCCCCAUGCCCGCCUUGUUUUUUGCCAAGUCAGUGCUGUGUCUGUGCCUUGCAGUGUGUGACAUCCCUCUGUAUGACAUCUGUGACUACAAUGUCACCAGGGAGCGCUGCAGGAGUCUCGACUGCUGUUUCUACAGGGGCGUCUGCUACGAGAAAGCUGUUCCCAUUUAUGUACAGGUGUUCUUCACUCUGAUUUGGUUCGUGGCAGGGGCCUUCAUCAUUGCCGUCAUUUAUAGGGUUAUACAGGGGACUAAAAAAGAGAAGAAGCCUUUACUCCCAGAGGACUCACAGGUUGAAAUACUGAAGUCUCCCACUCCAGAACUCAUUCCAGAACCCAUUCCAGAACCUAUUCCAGAACCCAUUCCAGAACCCAUUCGAGAACCUCCCCCACCUGUCAAGAAGACUGAGAGCCCAAUAGAAGCUGGAUGUUGCUUAUGGAUGAAAUCCAAACCAGCGAAAGAUCAGCCCCAGAAGGAAACUGCAGCCCCAGAACCGCCCUCAAACCCAGAGGUAAAGAAGGUCAACAGUGGCAGUGCCGUGCCCCAGGCAGCACCUUGAAUGUGUGCAACAGAGAGACCAUCUGUGAUAAAAAAUAAAGACAUUUCUUAAGUGUU